UAGUGCCAGUACGAGCGACGCACGGCCUUUCGGCGGCGGAGGCGACGGCGGUAGCAGCGCGGCUCGCAGCUUCCCAGAGACAACACCGAAUAUACCCGCGGACACGGUACAGAUACCGCGAAAAAACACUACCUCGGUUCACGGUAGAGACUCCCCAACAGAGCCAAGAUGCCUGAAGACGUUCGCACUGCGGAGGAGGAUGUGGAGACUUUUGCCUUCCAGGCUGAGAUUGCUCAGCUUAUGUCCUUGAUCAUCAACACAUUCUAUUCCAACAAAGAGAUCUUUUUGCGAGAACUCAUCUCCAAUGCCUCUGAUGCCCUGGAUAAGAUCAGAUAUGAGAGUCUGACUGACCCAUCAAAGAUGGAGAGUGGUAAGGACCUAAAGAUUGAGAUCAUCCCCAACCUGAAAGAGCGUACCUUGACCAUCAUCGACACUGGCAUUGGGAUGACCAAGGCCGAUCUGAUCAAUAAUCUGGGCACCAUCGCCAAGUCUGGCACCAAGGCCUUCAUGGAAGCUUUGCAGGCUGGUGCAGACAUUUCCAUGAUUGGUCAGUUUGGUGUUGGUUUCUACUCUGCUUAUCUGGUUGCUGAGAAGGUUACUGUCCUGACCAAGCACAAUGAUGACGAGGAGUAUGCAUGGGAGUCUUCAGCCGGAGGUUCCUUCACUGUCAAAACCUACACUGGCAAGGGUGAUUCUGAUGGCUCAGGUUGCCCAGGCUUAUCAAUCGGCAGAGGUACAAAGAUUAUACUACACCUGAAGGAGGAUCAGUCUGAGUAUCUGGAGGAAAAGAGGAUCAAAGAAGUGGUCAAGAAACACUCUCAGUUCAUUGGCUAUCCCAUCACACUCUUUGUUGAGAAAGAACGAGAUAAGGAGAUCAGUGAUGAUGAAGCAGAGACUGAGGAGAAGCCUGAGAAGGAAGAUGAGGCAGCCAAGGAGGAAGGAGAGAAGCCCAAGAUCGAGGACGUAGGGUCUGAUGAAGAAGAAGAUGGUGAAAAGAAAGACAAGAAGAAGAAAAAGAAGAUCAAGGAGAAGUACAUUGACCAGGAGGAACUGAAUAAAACCAAGCCCAUCUGGACCCGCAAUCCUGACGACAUCACCCAGGAGGAGUAUGGCGAAUUCUACAAGAGCCUGACCAAUGACUGGGAGGAUCACCUUGCUGUGAAGCACUUCUCUGUGGAGGGUCAGCUGGAGUUCCGUGCCCUGCUCUUCAUCCCACGCCGCGCACCCUUUGAUCUCUUUGAGAACAAGAAGAAAAAGAAUAACAUCAAGUUGUACGUCCGCAGGGUCUUCAUCAUGGACAGCUGUGAGGAGCUGAUACCCGAGUACCUCAACUUUGUCCGUGGUGUCGUAGACUCUGAGGAUCUGCCCCUGAAUAUCUCUCGAGAGAUGCUGCAGCAGAGCAAGAUUCUAAAGGUCAUCCGGAAGAAUAUUGUCAAGAAAUGUCUAGAGUUGUUUGGGGAGUUGGCAGAGGACAAGGACAACUACAAGAAAUUCUACGAACAAUUCUCAAAGAACCUCAAGCUCGGCAUCCACGAGGAUUCCCAGAACCGCAAGAAGCUGUCAGAGCUGCUGCGUUACCACACCUCACAGUCAGGAGAUGAGCUCACACCCCUGUCCGACUACAUUUCUCGCAUGAAAGAAAAUCAGAAAUGCAUCUACUACAUCACUGGUGAAAGCAAAGAUCAGGUAGCUAAUUCUGCCUUUGUGGAGCGUGUGAGGAAGCGUGGCUUUGAGGUGGUCUACAUGACUGAGCCCAUCGAUGAGUACUGUGUGCAGCAGCUGAAGGAAUUUGAUGGCAAGCAACUAGUGUCUGUCACCAAAGAGGGCCUGGAGCUGCCGGAGGAUGAGGACGAGAAGAAGAAGCGAGAGGAUGACCGAGCCAAGUAUGAGAACCUGUGCAAGCUCAUGAAGGAGAUGCUGGAUAAGAAAGUGGAGAAGGUUACAGUUUCGAACCGCCUGGUCUCCUCCCCAUGCUGCAUCGUGACCAGCACCUAUGGUUGGACUGCCAACAUGGAACGCAUCAUGAAAGCCCAAGCCCUGCGUGACAACUCCACUAUGGGCUACAUGAUGGCCAAAAAACACCUGGAGAUCAACCCUGACCACCCAAUUGUGGAGACACUGAGGCAGAAGGCUGAAGCUGACAAGAACGACAAGGCUGUCAAGGAUCUGGUGAUCCUGCUGUUUGAGACCGCUCUGCUGUCCUCAGGGUUUUCACUGGAUGAUCCUCAGACCCACUCCAACCGCAUCUACAGAAUGAUCAAGCUGGGGCUCGGCAUUGAUGAUGAUGAGGUGAUGACAGACGAGCCUGUGCCACAAGCUGCCGAUGAUAUCCCUCCCCUCGAGGGAGAUGAAGAUGCUUCCCGCAUGGAGGAAGUGGAUUGAAGCCUCUCCUUCGCCAGCCGUCCUCUUCAUCCAGCCUUGGACUAAUGUAAUUUAAUUUGGACUUUCAAAAGGAAGAGUUUUGUGCUGUGUAAAGUAAGGGUCUGGCCGGUCUGGCCAGCUUACAUCGGAAGUGCUUCCUUUAGGGGAGUCGCUUCCUUUGUCUAUCAGAUGUUCGGUCCUUUUGUUUUUGUAAAGCAUGCUAUUUCUGUUCUGCAGCCAGUGCUGUGAAAUAAAAACAUGAAAGAAA